AUGCAUGGGCCGUGCUCCUUAUUCCACUCGCACUCACACAUCCGCCCAUUGCUCACCCUCUCGCCCUCCCUCACCAACAACAACGCCUCUGCUUUCCCUAAGUCCACUCGCAAGUCGCUGCUCUAUCAUGUCACCAGUCACCUCCAUCCCCACCUCCUCCCUUACCCACCCCACCAGGCAGUGACGUCCAUCCUCGAGUUCCUCGUGGCAGUGCUGGCAGCCUUCACGGCCAAUCUGCUCGCAUCCACACUGCUCAGCGGCCGCAUCUGCAUCUUCGCCACCCUCUUUGGCGCCCUCGUGUGGUUCCUCCCAGGUGUAACACUCACCUUUGGCGUGAACGAGCUGGUAGCGCGCACACAAGUGACGGGCACAGCAAGAGUGGCAGCGGCCAUAUUCACGUCGCUGCAGAUCGGAUUCGGCAUCUCCGUGGGAAUGGGGCUUUGCUUCUGGGCCGCCUCGCCCACUGCCCUGUCCGACUGCCCGCCCUCCAACCUGCCCCUCUGGACCAACAUUUUCUGGUUCGCCAUGUACGUGGUGGCGAGCAACAUUCGCUGCAACGCCCGAUUGGACCAGUGGGACGGGAUGACGCUGGUGGCACUCGUGGGCUACGUGGUAUCAGAGCUCGCCUACCGCAACAUCGGCAACGACACCGCUUCCGUUGUUGCUGCAUUUGCCGUCAGCACGUCAGGCACGCUCUUGUCGCACUUCGCUCAGGAGUUCCCUUUAGCGAUGAAGAUCUCUGGAAUCCAGCUGCUCGUGCCGGGCGGCAUAGGUGUGCGUGGCGUGGCAGCCAUUCUCAACCAGGACGUGAUGUCGGGCAUCGGGUUUGUCUUUGAGAUGCUCACGGUCGGCCUCGCCAUCACAAUCGGGCUCAUUCUCGCGAAUCUCGUGCUGCCCGAGUCCAUGUUUGCGCAUGGUAGCCGCCCGCAUCAUAAUAAGAGGAGGCUAGCCGCGGAUUUACGGGCAGAUUCGAUGGCGCAUGGUGGGCUUGGAGGGCGUUUGGAUGGGGCGAGGGGGAGGGAUGAGGCGGUAGGGAGAGGAUUUUGUGCAGAUUCUGAUGGGGGUGCGGGUGGUGGUGGGGUUAGAGGAGUGUUGGCUGGAGUGCUGGGUUUGGCUGGGUUGAGGAACCGGGGCAAUGGGGAGGAUAGGUUAGCUUCUGCGUUUUUGCCCCAGGUGAAAGAAGAGGAGGAUUCGGUAGCAUUCUAA